GACGAACUGUUGCGGAGGAUCUGCGACAUCGCCUGGAAUUGUGUGGGAGUUGUGCUUCGGGUGAAGAAGGAGUCCAUUAGUUUAGACCAAAUUCAAAGCCAACGCUUCGGCCGAUACAGUGACGACGACUCCAUCACAUCGUUGUUUGAGUUCAACGUCCAUAAGAUCAGUGCCCGACACCAGUCGGAGCCAAUCAAACGCGUUCUGUGUUUGACGGACACGUGUUUAGUGGAAAGGGAUCCCAAUUCUUAUCUCAUCGUAACGUUAAGGCCGUUGAGUGAUGUCUUUGCUUUGAUCAGAGAGACGGCAAAUCCGCAAAUGUUUUCCAUUGAAUACAUUAAUGGAGACAUUCGUAGCUAUAGCUCGACAGAUAGGGACGCGUUUCUGGCCUCCAUUAUGGACGGCGUCCGCGCGUCCGGUAAUAUCGACGUUCACGUGAAGAUGAAUCACAGCCAAAGAGCCCAUCGAUUCACUCCAUAUUACGCACGAGUGGACGAAGAGGUGGAGAGCCAGCACUUGAAGUUUCUCCAAACACCUCCCAGUCAUUGGACAUUCAAUGAGGCGAUCAUCCGAUUCAACGCCAACUGUUCCUAUAGUGGACUCACACAUAGUGUCACUCAAGACGGACUCUUUGCCGAGAAUAAGGAGAAAAUGAUUUUUAACGCUUUGGCCGCUUUUGCCGACAGGGAUGGCGAACAUAACGAGACCAAUGAUCAACACUUAGAGCAACAGUUUCAGACACUCCGACGAUUGGUUGCCUCAAAAGCUGGCUUUUCGUCGUUUACGGCAAAUCCGAGAUUCAGAGAGUGUUUGGGACUAAAAGUUGUCCGAAGUCUGAAGCAAAAUAACGAUAAUGUGAUUCAUUCAGCUAUUGAUAUGUUGUGCGCUCUGAUGCAGCCGAUGCACGACGACUACGAUUUACGUCAGGAACAGCUGAACAAGAGUUCGCUGCUGUCGUCGAAGAGCUUUCUGGAGAGCCUUCUGGACGUAAUGAAGCUUCACGUGGACAGAGGCACCGGCGCUCUCGUCGUCUCAUCGAUGCUCGACUUCUUGACGUUUUCGUUGUGCGCGCCGUAUAGCGAGACCACAGAUGGCGGACACUUUGACACACUGUUGGAAAUGGUCGCCGCUUACGGACGACCCAUAUUCCGACUCUUCCAACACCCGUCGCUUGCGAUAGUGAAAGGCGCGGGACUCGUGAUGAAGGCUCUCAUCGAAGAGGGAUCGCCUGAGAUAUCGGCCAAAAUGCAAGAGUUGGCUCUCGCAGAGGGAGCGCUCCUCCGA